AUGUACUGUUCGGGGAAGAAACUCUUCGGUCAGGCCCUGUGUCUCCUGGCAGUGGGAAGUCUGAUGGCGUUCGCCACGGUGGUUCUGAAAUAUACCUCCUCAUUAAAUUGGGAGUGCCAAUUUAAUGAUCUGGGCCAGGACACCAAAGACCCCCAGACUCAGUUAUGCAAGGACCAGCUCUACCAGUCUCUGAGACUCUCUCCCAAGAACGUGAUCAGCUGCCCUCAGAUCAUGAGAGGAGAUGUCGGCACGGUCCAGGUGGCACUGCGGUGGAGGCUGGACAAGAAAAACCAGAGGGUCUCGUUAAGCGAGAGGGAUUACUUGACCAUGACCCAGAACUGUGCACUCUUCAAAGAAAGCAGGAGGUUCCUCCAGUUCCCGCUGAGCAAAGAGGAAGAAGACUUCCCCAUCGCUUAUUCCAUGGUGAUCCACGAGAAGAUUGAGAUGUUUGAAAGAUUGUUACGGUCCAUCUACACCCCUCAGAACGUCUACUGCAUCCAUGUAGACAAGAAGGCCCCUGAAGCUUUCAAAGAGGCGGUUCGAGCAAUCGCCUCCUGUUUUGAGAAUGUCUUCGUAGCAUCUAAGCUGGAACGGGUGGUGUAUGCCUCUUGGUCCAGAGUUCAAGCCGACCUGAAUUGCAUGGAAGAUCUCCUAGCGACCAAAGUUCGGUGGAAGUACCUGCUGAACACCUGCGGGACCGACUUCCCCAUCAAGACCAACGCGGAGAUCGUCCGCGCCCUGAAAGCGCUGAACUGGCAGAACAAUAUGGAAUCGGAGAGACCUUCUUCCACAAAAAUGGCACGCUGGAAAUAUCGCCACGAAGUGAAGGAUUCUGUGAUUCGGACCAAUACCGAGAAGAGCCCCCCUCCGCACAGAUCCCCCAUGUUCACCGGCAGCGCGUAUAUUGUGGUCACGAGGGAGUUCGCCCAACACCUUUUCGAAGACCCGACAGCAAAACAAUUCCUAGAGUGGAGCAAGGACACCUACAGCCCCGAUGAGCACGUGUGGGCCACUUUGCACCGGAUGCCCGGAGUUCCCGGAUCCGUGCCCGCCAACAGUAAAUAUGACCUCACGGACAUGAACGCCAUUGCGAGGGUGGUGAAGUGGUCUUAUUUAGAGGGGGACGUGAGCAAAGGGGCCCCAUACUCACCUUGCACGGGGGUCUCCCGGAGGGCAGUGUGCGUCUACGGAAUGGGCGACCUCCAGUGGAUAGUUGCUCAACACCAUCUCCUAGCCAACAAAUUUGAUCCCUUGGUGGACGAAUAUGCCAUACAGUGUCUGGAAGAGUAUCUGCGGUUCAAGGCGAUAUAUGGGAAGGAGCUCUGA